CAGUACCGUAACAUACUAUUGUUUUUUUUAUGUACUUUUAUGCAUUUAGAAAUGGUGCAUGUAACAAAGUUAGUGACAAAGGCGUUUAUACAAGCGUUAUAGUGCUUUAAAAUAGUGCAGUGCCUCUAAAAAAGACUCGGAAAAUAUGGAAAACACCUCACAGUCCUCUAGUAACCCCAUUCCUCAGGGGUGUGGCCCAAAUACCCAAAUAAAUAUACAUGUGAGCCCCACAACGGGGGGUGAUUUCUACUUGAGUGUUGAGCCGGACAUUACCGUUGAAAAUCUGAAAAAACUCGUUUCUAAAAGACUCAAAGUGCCCAGAGACAGAAUAUGUUUACUGUUCAGAGAUAAGCAAUUGCAGGAUGGAAAUUUGGUGCAACACGGGAUUUCAGAUGGGUCUAGGAUUACUCUAUUACCGAAUGUUGAGACUGGACUUAUA